AUGGCGGGCGGGCGGCGGGAGCCGAUCCGGGUUGGGGCCGGGCUGGGCGCGCUGCUCUGCGCCCUCCAUGUGCAGGCAGCCUGUCGGGACACCGCUGUCACACAGGAGCUCCUGAAAGAAGGGUUUCACAGGGACCUGCUGGUGAAGGUAGAGCUGGGGGAGGAUGCAGGAGGAUGUGCAGUGGCAGCUCAAAUGCGUCUGCCACCAGGAAUCUACGUGGAUCCCUACGAGCUGGCAACGCUGCAGCAGCACAAUCUAACAAAGGCAGUGUUAUUUCCUGAUGUCAUUGACGUGGAGGCUCCUGAGUACGUGGCCAGGGCUGUUCUCCUGCUGCUGUUCCUGGAGCCGGACGCGCGCUGUUCCCGCUGUUUCCGCGCCGCCGUGCCCGUGCACGCGCGGUACCACCGCCCGGCCGAGGGCACAGGGGAAGCCUUGGUUGUUCUGGAGAGCCCAGAGGUGCUGCUCUGCUGCUGCCACAGUCAGCUGUCUGCAGAGUGCUGGGAACCUGCUGAAGUGGACACUCCCUGCUCAUCUGACAACUCCAGACCCUGUCAGUGGCACAGAACAAAGCACAGACCUGCAUAUGAGGAAUUGAUGCUGAGGGUUCCUGUGGGGCUCAGGGAGCACAGUUCCCUGGUGUGUGUCCUGACCCUGCUCACCACAGGGCUCUGCUCUGGCCUGAUCCUUGCUGCUGCCUGCAAGUAUGGACACUUCUGCCAGUGACCUGAGGAGAUAUGGAAUGUCUGACCUCCAUGCAGCAAAACUAACUGGAUAUUGCACUGGAUUCCUGAAUGGAUCCUACUCUACUGUUAUUUAUAUCUUAGGGGGUGCACGGGUUCCAUAAUGGAUUAUAGUUCCUUUGGCUCAUAAUGCUUACAAAUGCCUUCCACAGCCUAGAAGACAUUUUGGGUGUGUUUUCAAUAUCCAAAGCAGAUGGGGAGUAGGAAAAAGCUGAAAGCACUGCCAUGAGCAAUGAGGCAAUAGUCAGGAGUGAAUUUAGGGUUCCUAUUCCCUCCUCCUGGCCCAGAGUCUGCUUCCAAUGUAGUGCUACCUCUUACAGAGGUGUAUUUCUUGACUCAGGGAUUGGUUAUUAAGGGUAUGGAAAACAUGAUCAAGUCAUUAAAAUUUCUGAAUUUGAA